AAGUGGUGGAGAGGAGAGCCGGGGGAAGCAGGCCAAAAGAGGCGGCGGCAGGCAGAAGCAGCCUGAGAAUUUCCUGUGAGGGGAAUCACAGGCCUCAGUCGGGGCAGGCAAGGAGGAGGAGGAGGAGGAGGCGCAGGGCAUGGAGCGCCCUUUGCUUUGGCGACCUCCGCCGAGGGCUGCGUGCUCCCCCGAGCUCCGCGCGCCGCGCUUUCUUUCCUUUCGUUUCUCCUGCCGCGCAAUUGCGCUCGCGGCGCACUAAAGGCGAGGGACCUUCCUCUCUCUUCCUCUUCCCCCGGUCCUAGCCCAGCCCUCUCCUCCUUCCCGCUGUGGCGGCUAGUCUCGGCUGGCCCUGCCCACGUUUCUCUCUCUGUCUCUCUCUCUCUCCCCGCUCCCUCCCACCCGUGGUCAUGUGUUGCCUUUUUUUGUUGUUUGCAGUGGAAACAAUUUGGCGUUCUUCGGCUCGCUCCGACCCAAACCGCUACUCCAACCGGGAGUAGUGUAGACAGGCGGGCAGACGGAAAGGCAGGCAGGGAGGGGGGAGAGGUAGGUAGGUAGGUAGGAAGGCGAAGCGAAGAGCGGGGGAAUUGCAGCAGGGUCCCAUGCUCCCCCCCUCCCCACGGCUCCUGGCUCCCCCCCUCUCUCUCCCCCCCCACUCGCUCCCUUCGGCCACAUUGUUGGCUCCAGGCUGGGGGAGGAAGCGAUGCCUCGUUCAGUCGGAUGAAAAGUUUGCAUAAUGACCAUGGAAAAGGCAGCAGUAAAAAUCUAGAGCUCUUCCAAGCCCAGGAGUCUCCGUCUAAAUGGGUCCAGUUAUGCCUCCCAGUAAGAAGCCAGAAGGCUCGGGAAUUAGUGUUUCCAGUGGAUUGAGCCAGUGUUACCGGGAUAGAGACUUAUCAAAGACGCUUCACGACGAUGAGGACUUAGAAUUUUCUUUACCUGCCCUCCGGUUGGAAAAAGGUCCCAUGGAGGAUGAAGAGCUCACCAACUUGAACUGGUUACACGAGAGCAAAAACUUGCUGAAAAGUUUUGGGGACUCGGUCUUAAGAAGUGUUAGCCCAGUACAAGACCUCGAUGACGACACCCCUCCUUCUCCUGCUCAUGCCGACAUGCCCUACGAUGCCAAGCAGAACCCCAACUGCAAACCGCCCUACUCCUUUAGCUGCCUCAUAUUUAUGGCCAUUGAGGAUUCUCCAACCAAACGGCUGCCUGUAAAGGAUAUAUACAACUGGAUUUUGGAACACUUUCCUUAUUUUGCAAAUGCCCCCACUGGAUGGAAAAACUCUGUGAGGCAUAAUCUGUCGUUGAAUAAGUGUUUUAAGAAGGUGGACAAAGACAGAAGUCAGAGUAUUGGGAAAGGGUCUUUAUGGUGUAUAGACCCAGAAUAUAGACAAAAUCUUAUCCAGGCUUUGAAAAAGACCCCCUAUCACCCAUAUUCGCAUGUGUUCAGCACCCCUCCAGCGUCUCCUCAGGCAUAUCAAAGCACAUCAGGUCCACCUAUUUGGCCAGGAAGCACCUUUUUCAAGCGAAAUGGAGCCCUUCUGCAAGAUCCUGACAUUGAUGCUGCCACUGCCAUGAUGCUUUUGAAUACUCCCCCUGAGAUACAAGCAGGUUUUCCUCCCGGAGUUAUCCAAAAUGGAGCUCGCAUUCUGAGUAGAGGGAUCUUCCCAGGAGUCAGGCCACUGCCAAUAAACCCGAUCGGAAGCAUGGCUGCUGCAGUAAGGAAUGGAAUUGCAAACUGCCGGAUGCGGACAGACAGCGAGCAGUCCUGUGGCUCCCCGGUGGUGAGCGGCGACCCGAAGGAGGACCACAACUAUAGCAGUGCCAAAUCUUCCAACCACCGGAGCACGUCGCCCACGAGUGACUCCAUUUCCUCUUCCUCCGCUGACGACCAUUACGAAUUUGUUACUAAAGGCAGCCGGGACAGUAGCGAGGGCAGUGAGGUCAACUUCCACAGCCACGAGAGCCAUAGCGAAGCGGAGGAGGAGGACAAAAGGCAGAGCCGGAAAGAGACCAAGGAUUCUUUAGCUGAUAGCGGGUAUGCCUCUCAGCACAAGAAACGCCAGCAUUUGCUGAAGGCAAAAAAAGUACCGAGUGACACUCUGCCUCUUAAAAAGAGACGUACGGAGAAACCCCCCGAGAGUGACGACGAGGAGAUGAAAGAAGCGGCCGGGUCGCUCCUGCAUUUGGCGGGAAUCCGGUCUUGUUUGAACAACAUCACCAAUCGGACGGCAAAGGGGCAGAAAGAGCAAAAGGACACCACGAAAAAUGAGAACAAAUCCAUUGAUUGAACUUACAAAACAAUUUCGUUUCAGCACGUCAGGUGAAUUCUAAUGAUUUGUGGCAAUAUCAACAAAUAUUUUCUUUGUUUCGUUUUUCUUUUCUUUUCUUUCACCCCCUCUUCUUCUUCUUCUUCUUUUGUGUGUGUUUUCUUUUUGAACCCUUGAGAUUUUUUUGUUUUUAAAUUUUUUAAAGGAGAUUGAAGCCAUAGAACUCAUACUGAUACUCAACUAAUUUUACAAAAGCUUUUCAUUACAUGAAGACAAAAAGAAAGAAAGUAAAAGCCAAAAUUUGCCAUUGCUUUCUCCAGCUUUGCCAGAAAUGCAUGGUUGGAUAUGCUGUGACGUCACCAGUUAAUGUGAGAGGAAUAAAAAUUUGGCAUUUGGAGAUCUCUUAUAAACCUAGAAGAAAUUGGAUAAUUUGGAAAUCGUUCAGGCCAGGCUGUAAGAAUUGAAAAUGGAAAAAAAGGCCUUAUGAUUGGGUUUGUGGGUGGAUGUGUCUAGAGUCAAGAGGCACACACAAUAUCCUCAAAACCAAGGAUUUUAUAUAUAGUGGCAUUUGCUUGCGGUUGUGCCAUAGAAAUCUUGCAAUAGCCACUAAUGACAGCUGCUCAUACAGUAAUGAUCUAUUAGUGCUUCAUGUACUGUAUAUGGCUCAAAAUGUGAAGACUUAAUAACUUAUAAAUUAUGGAAUACUGAACUGUGUAUGCAAUGAGUUUCAGUGAAAUAAAGAGGAAGGGGUGGAGGGGGAGGGGGACUAGUGAUAUUCUUUAAUCAAUUAAUUGUCUUCUAUAUUUAAAUUAAAAGAAUGUUUUAUAAAAAGCCAUAAGCCUGAAGAUUGGCACUGCCUGCAAAAAUAUUAUGGGAAAACAAGCUAUGAGUUCUUAACUGCCUGAGUGAAAAGCAAUCAAAUCUGAAGAAAAUUAUGAGUAGAUAUUUAAGGAGGAUCAAAAUGAGAAAACCUUUUCUAUAAGUCACAAAGAUUUGAUCUCACUAGGGGGGAAAUGCUACAAAACCUGCCAUUAGUAUUAUAUUGCUUUUUUUAUUCUUUCCAAAAAAAUAAAAUCCAUGUUGGCUAGGCAAAAAUAUAAAGAAAUUGUGCUCCUCGAAAUGAGGUACCCAGUUAAGGUCAGUCAGGAUUCAUCUGUGCAAAAAUGACAAUAUAUUUCCAGUUUUAACCACUGCAACCAGCUGAAAAUUCUGAUCCACAUUGCAUGGAUUCUUUUCUGGGAGGGACUCGGGAGUACAAAAUAAUAAUAAAAACAAACCCUUUUUAUUAAUUCAAAGAUAACAAAAGUUCUUGUAAGGUAAAUAAUGUAUUUAGCAUGAAGCAUGAAUUAUUUUCAUAUAAAUAUAGAAAAAUAGAAAAAAGGCUAUGCCUCUAAUUUUUAAGCCCUUAGGCUUAGUUUGUUUUUUGGGUUUUUGUUUUUUUGUUUUUUCCUCUUCUUUUUUUCCCUUUUCCCUUUUUUUUGGAAGCAGGUGUUUUUUAAGGUUUAACCUUUUUCAGGGAUAAAUACUGACUGUUGGGGAACUUACUCUGCAAUAUUAAAAAUAAAACUUCAUGCUCGGG